AUGACCGCAGCAAAGAAGCACGUUCCUAUCAUCAAGAAGCGGACUAAGAAGUUCAACCGCCACCAGAGCGAUACCUACAAGACCGUCAAGCCGUCAUGGAGGAAGCCUAAGGGUAUUGACAACCGGGUCAGAAGGCGGUUUAAGGGACAGGCUGCCAUGCCUUCGAUCGGAUACGGGUCCAACCGCAAGACUAAGCACAUGAUGCCUUCCGGCCACAAGGCAUUCCUUGUCCAGAACACCUCCGAUGUUGAUAUGCUCCUCAUGCACAACAAGACAUAUGCCGCCGAGAUCGGUCACGCCGUCUCAUCCCGAAAGCGCAUUGAGAUCAUUGCUAAGGCAAAGGCUCUUGGUGUCAAGGUUACCAACCCUAAGGGAAGAGUCACCACUGAUGCUUAA